AUGUUGCCUCUCAAUACGACAGGUGCAUCUGGUAGCAUAUCAAAAGGGAUGGAUAGCGCCCAUGUCACAAGUCAGUGCAGUACGUAUCGAGUAGAGAGUUUGCAUUUGCUCCUAUCGCCUGUACUAGACCUUAGAGGGCAACCGACCGAAGCAGAAAUCUUUACAACCGAGCACACAAUACUCUCGGCUGGCGGUGAUUUUGAGGAAAUUAAUAAAAAGCUCGGGAUAACAGGCACGGAGGUAGCCGUUAGACAGACCAUUGGCGCAUUUCUGGUGAAGAAGGGGUGGACUGCAGCAUAUAAGGACACCGUAACUCAACGACUGCGGAUCGAGUGCGCAACUGCUAUGGCAUUGUUCAGGAGGCUGGGAGAACUCUCAGUGUUACAAAUGCAGCAACUUUCACCUGCAAGAAACAUAUCAUAUGCUGCAGAGGAAGCGCAGCUGGAAUGGAAUCCAAUUCCGGCGCAUAGCUUGGCUUUCCAAUCUCGCACGCUCGACUGCACAAAGUGCCUGGAGAAACGACACGAAACAUCAUCCGAGCCCUCCGAGAGUGCUUCUUCUGACGGAUCGGCACCCACAAUGCCACCCUCGCUAUUCAAUACAGACAAUCUACCGAAUUCUUGGAGCUCUGUACUCAGAACAAACUCCAACUCCGAGCAGGAAGCUUCAGUAACAUCAAAAUGCGCCCAAUCAUGCACUAGUGUAAGCGCUUCGCCCUGUUCAGCUAGCCAGUAUUCGCAUGGGAGUGAUCGAAAUAGUGAAUCAAUCGUGAUGGCCGAGGGGUCGACUGUGAAGGCAAAAACGCCUUUAUGGCCUGGAUGUCAGGAAAAGGCUCAGUCAACUGCUCGGACGGCAUCGAAGUCCAAAACCGGUAGUGUUAGACCAGGAGAAGCCAGAAUAGUACGCACGCCAUCUCCAAAUCACGCAGCUACAGAGCAACUUAUUGUAAACAAGGCAGCUAGGGUGGCAUUUUCGAGGAUGCAUACCCACCAAGACUCUAGUGGAGAGGAGUGGGAUGACCUGCCAGAUAGCGGGACUCUGGGGACCAUGGCUGUGCCUUCACUCUUUGGCAACAAGCGUCGACGUGUGCUCACGGAUGUAUUUGAGGAUGGUGUAGUGCGUUCACGUACACAAAAUAGUCCAGCGAGUGGCAAGCGCUUUGGCACUGCAGUUGAGAGAAGGCUCGAGGAGAACUCAGUAAGUGAUGUGAAAGCUAUUGAAACUAGUGUGCUAGAGCACGGUAGUUCCAGAUUGGCCUGUGGUGAAUCGGCUAGUAGAAAUUCGAGAUCGCGAGCGCCAUUAGAAGCUGAUAUUUCAUCGCAAACAACAGUAGUUGACCUAUGCUACCAAGAUGGGGAUGGACUGAUUUGGAACGGAAACGAGUCUGGUACGAGUAGCUGUACGACCGUAGCCAGUGGCAACAAUCAGCAGAACGUGUGCAGUUCCAUAUCAUCGCCCCAUAGCGUAUGUGUAGUCGAGUACAACCCUGAGUCACCGGACGCACUGUCGCAUGCAGCAUGUCAAGGGCAUAGCAGGGGAGGUUCAAAGCGGGAGGUGAGAGGGAGGAAACCUAUUGAGGGGAUGAUAGGUGGUGAGAGCGGCGAUGUGUGCAGAACUGAAGGAAGUGACGAUGCACAGGCCGUGUCGGACAAUUCAUCGGAAGGCGGUCAAAGCAGAUAUAGCAACGUGGGUGUUGUUGGCAAGGCCCAUACGAAGUCUCUCACGCUUGAAAGAAUUGACAGUCGUCAACACACCAAGCCAAAAGAAAUCUAUACCGGGCCUGCACAGACCAUGUCGAGCAAGCCUCGAUGCCCCACACAACCCUCGAGAAGUUCCACGGCAUUGCCAACGGCUAUGAAUCACUGCGACUCGGGUGUGCACUCCUUCCACAAUACAAUCGAUGACUCAGCGAAAGAUCUGUCUUUGCAGAAUAUCACAGAUCAGCUUCCACCCCAACGCGAUUGCUCAGAUAAAGGUAAACUACUAUCCCGCUACCAUGAUGACGAUGAGCGACCGCUACCACACACAGGUAGCAGUCUGCCAACAUCCCAGCGCACUAGGAAUCGGCAGGUUGUACAUGGUGAUAGGGCACACACAUCCCUUCGCACUCGUAGUCAACCCGCAGCACCUCGAUAUGGGCUGACUGGGAGCGAUGACGCGCUGAAGGCAUCCAUGGCUGAGAUACUCGGUGAAACCUCAUCGAAAGAAUACAUCGCAGCUAACAGUCGCCAGAAAAGAUCGAUACAGGGCGCUACCGGAUUUCAAUCCCAUGAAAUCACUCGGAGUGACAGAGAGCAACAGGCGUCGACAGCGACCAUACUGGGCGACUCACAUGUAUAUUGUAGCACCCAAGACAAGCCACUGACAAGAUCUAUAGCAGAAAUCUCGGCAAUGAAGCCAUCGCAACCAACAACUACCGCAACGAUGGUGCAUGGGGCACCAGUUUCACCCGCAGCCAUCCGAGCGGCACCAUUUAAUAGGCCAACACAACGCUCGAAAGCUGUAGGUGAUACAGUUGUAAAUAGUGACACUACGAGCGUAUUGUUUGAAGCUACUAAGCAGCGCAGUAAAGGUCUGGGAAUGGGAAAGGGAAUGGUGGGCGGCAAGAAAUCAGGAAAAGAAUCGCAGAUGUCAGAGAUUGACACGUUCAUGAUGCUAAGAGGACAGCCUCCAGGCCUGUCUGCACAUACUCUAUUCGGCCCUACGUGCUUUGAGGGUGCGAUGAAAAAUAGCUUCGUCUCCGACGAUCAAAGAUAUGCAUCAUGA